CGCAGACCAAUGAUGCUUCCGACCUCAUGAACCAGAUCCGAUCCCUCAAGGACAAGGUUGAGAGACUCAUGAUCUAAGUACCCCCGAAAUCUACUAUACCAAGGCCGUAGUGUAGGAUUUUGGUCUGGCGACAUAGUCAUCCUAUGUACCAUGUCCAUACAUGGCGGCGUUAAACGGCGUGUUGAUGAGGGUUGAUAUCAAACGAGAAGAAUUCCUAAUGUUACCAUGCAAUUUCCAAAAUUUAUCAUCAAGUCCCAUCCCCUACCACGCUACCCUAUCCGUCGACGCUGAAAACCACGAUCAUGAUCUGUUCAACAAAGGAAACCACCAUGACCGCAGAGAGCCUCAAAAGCGACGCAUAUUUCCAAGCCCCUUGGACCUUCGACUCUGUGCAAACCCUAUUAUUCAAAUCCAGAACAUGACAUCUUCCAAGUUUUUGUGCCAAGGAUUCUUGCGAUUGGAAUCAUUCCCAUGCCAGGGAUUCCAGUCUAGGCUUUCAGACAAUUUCUCCGCAGCUUUCCUCAUGUAUUUUUCAUGCGUUUCAUCCUUGUCUUCCCUGUCUCUCUUUCUCUUAAUCUUAAGUGCAGCUUUUCCGUUCUCAUUCCAUUUCCUGAGAUACGCACGCCUGCGAUCGCAGAGGAGAUGUGCCAGGUAAGCAGGCGGCGCAUAAGAGAUGAAUUUGUUGCACGGCCGAGAGCGUAACAGAACGAGUGCUUCAGGCUCUGGAUCUGUGCAUGAUUCAGGCGCAUAUCA